GCUAUACACGUACUCUACAUACCAAGCGUAGUACUUGAGCAAGUGCUUGCAACUCCAGAAAGAUGCUUUCGACCAUCGGCCGGUCCGCUCGCAGCGGCCAGUACCUGCUCCGGACGCUCAAUGCGGCAACUACAGUGACGCAAACCUGCAGCGCGGGCUUCGCGACAGCCGGUGCUCCUGACCGUGUGGUGGAGGUGACCAGCGACCAGGACUUCUCAGCUAAGCUGGCGGAUGUCGCAGGCAGCGGUUCGCUCAUGAUAUGCGACUUCACAGCCAAGUGGUGCGGGCCCUGCCGCAUGAUUGCGCCGGUGUUCAGCUCCCUCUCCAACAAGUACACAGACGUGACGUUUGUGAAGAUUGACAUUGACAACACCGCGCUGGGGAACACUGUCAACGACCACAGCAUUACGGGCGUGCCCACGUUUGUCUACUACAAGGGCGGACGACGCGUGGAGAGCUUCAGCGGCGCCCGAGCCGACAUGCUGGAGAGCCUCAUUCAGAAGCACGCAAAGUAGUUAGCAACAUAGUGGAGAAGCUUAGGAGCAGCUUCGGAGUAAUGAGCUAAAUGUGCGGGCGCAUGGCGCAGAGGCGUGUUGUGUCGAGGCAGGUAUUUCUGGGCGUGAAUGUGGUGUCUGAGCAUGUGGCGUGUACCGAUGGAACGCCAGCAGUGUCUGGUGUCGUUGUGUCUGGUGUGGUUGUGUGCAGCUGCUAGCAGGCCAGAAUGAGAGGAGAGCGUUGGCGCUGACGGAAAUGUGGAAUUCAAGGCUUAGGCAGGGGUGGGGUCGGGUGGAGACGCGGGCAAUGUGAUGGAGACGGACGUAGAUUUGGAGGUGGGGGCGUCCCAGUUACAGCGCCGCAAUGGGCACCAGUUGGGGUGUUCAGAUUUCAAGGGAUGUUGCGUUUAUGAAUGGCCCUCGUUCCUGGCCCGUAGCCACGGUCUGGAGGGUGGAUUGCUGCGGCUCCUGAAGUGCAGCAGUGGUGUUGCGGGUCCCAUCUACUUACUGCACAUGAGUUAUGGAAACUUGCACAUGGGUCAUGCGAGCUAUGCGUGUUACGGUGUUGCAGCAGGUGGGACAGGGCCUGCAUGUCAUUGGCUCGGCAUCAGUGUGUGGGCACGUGAUGAUGUAUGGGGCAGGGCAAGGUUUGACCAGCUCAGGGGAUGAACGCCGGCUCUGGAUGUGGGGCUGUGAGUGGCUGUAAGGGCACGUCCGCAACCAUGACCCGAUCCUGUAUGGUAUAGGCCUUUUCGGUUGCUGCGGCUAUGCCCCACCAUCUGUUAACCUCUUGCGGG